GUUGCAGCAAACACUAUUCUGGUCAACUCAACAACAAUGGAAAGCAAAUGGAAUAGCAUCGAUAGAACAUGGAGUGCCUCCUGCCGGAGCUCCAUGUAUAGCUCAGAUACAUCUGCGGGUCGAAUCAUUUUCAAUAACAUGAAGAACUGGCCAAGUAACGUUUGCCAGAUAUCAGAUAUUGACGGAGUGACGGUGACCUUUGAACAGGCCCUCAAGUGGUCCAUUCGCAUAGCCCAGUUCCUCAAGAAACGUGGAUUUGACCACAACAGCGUCGUUGGAAUUGCAGCUGCCAAUAGCACUUAUGUCAUGCCACUGGCCGUGGGUUGUUUAUUUAAUGGCACACCAUUCCACGCUAUCAAUCCAAUUUUGGACGAGGGUACUAUCAACUACAUGUUCGAGAUAACCAAGCCAAAGCUGAUAUUCUGUGACAAACAGGAGUACAACAAAAUUGUCGCGGCCACCAAGGAUUGGAGUCCCGAGGUGUACACCGUCAGCGAGCCCAUAGAGGGCAAGCCCAGCAUACAGAGUCUAUUGGAGCCCACGAAUACGGAAAAGUUCUACCAUCCGGAGCCCCUGAAAAAUGGCCGCGAUCAAACUGUGGUCAUCCUCUGCUCGUCUGGAACUACGGGAAUGCCGAAGGCGGUGUGCAUAUCCAAUAGUGUGCUCAUACAGGAUAAUUUGUUUGUCAACAGUGAAACGGUUUAUUUUAUUCAGAGUGGAUUGGAUUGGAUUUCCGGUCUGUGGGCUUUCAUGUUCAGCGUGGUCUACGGCAGCACUCGCGUCUUAUCGAAUAAGCCCUUUUCCCCUGAGAACAUUGUGGAGCUAGUGCAGAAAUACAAAAUAAACUAUGUGACCAUGGCACCAUCCCAGAUGGCAGCUCUGGCCAGUUGUCCUGCAGCCACAACGAGCUCCUUGGCGACAUUGCGUAAUGUGAACUAUGGCGGUAGCAUUGCUUCGGACGCGACGCUGAAGCGCUUGCGGGAGCUCUGCCCGCAGGCGACACUCAACUCAGCCUAUGCGAUGACUGAAUUGGGACUGAUUACGCUGAAUGCCGGCGUCCAGAAAGCCUCAGCUGCCGGCAGGCCGAUGCCGGGCAUGACCAUACGUAUCGUGGAUGAGAAUGAGAAUAGCUUGGCCCACAAUGAGAUCGGUGAGAUCUAUGUGCGCUCCGCCAUCAAGUGGAAUGGAUACUACGGCAAUCCCGUUGCCACAAUGGAAAUUUUGGACUCAGAGGGCUGGCUGCAUACCGGGGACUUGGGCUACUUCAGUGACGACAACUAUCUCCACGUAGUUGAUCGCAAAAAGGAGGUACUCAAGUACAAGGGCAUUCACUACUGGCCCACUGAAAUCGAGAACGUGAUCAGAGAGCUGCCGCAGGUGCGCGAUGUCUGUGUUGUGGGCGUGCACGUAGAUCUCAUAAUGGAUGCGGCCACCGCCCUGGUGGUCAAGGUGCCAGGCAGCGAGAUCAGUCACGACGAAAUUGUGAAUCACGUGGCCAAGCGCCUGCCCACCAUAAACAAGCAGCUGCACGGCGGUGUUCGAUUCACCGAAAGGCUGCCCUUCAACAACAAUGGUAAGGCCAUGCGAAAGGCAGCCCUCGAGCUGCUGAUGUCGCUUGGAGGAAUUACAACUAAUCCAAAGUAACAAAAAUAUGAAAAAGUACAUUUUAAUUUAGUUUUAUAUCUAUUUUAUAGUC